AUAUUAAAAAACGGUGAAAAAUGAAGAACUUCGUGUGUCUGGUGGUGGUGAUGGUGCUGUUGCAAAAAAACAGCAAAUCAAAUGGCGCCAAAAUUUAUGACCAUCCGGAACCACUGCCACGUGCCCGCCCCGCCCCAUUCCAGCCCCGCACUCUAACAGCCCCGUCAAAUGCUGCUUUUUCUGCUAAUAUGGCGGGAAUGGCGCGUCUGGAGUCCUUAGAUGUGAAGUGUGGACGGACUGGGAUGAAUGUGGAGUUAAGGUUCUCAGCGGUGUUCCCUGGAGUGGUGUAUUCCAAGGGCCAUUUCUCCGACUCAGCCUGUUUGUAUUUGAAGGAGAGUGACCCGCGCUCGGAUGUCUAUAAGUUCACCAUCCCCAUAGACGGCUGCGGGACUAAGGCAGAGGAAGGCCUGGGUGUGUCAGGGAAGGACCGCGAAGUUGGUAACACUGUCAUCAUACAAAGUGACCCGCUGAUACAAGAGGUUUGGGACGAGGCGAGGCAUAUCACGUGUUCCUGGUCCCAUUCCAUGACCAAGAGCGUUGCCUUUCUGCCACUCAAGGUGUAUGAACCCGAAAUGGUGGAUGUGCAGUUUGACUCUCGUUCUGUCAACACACUAAUGGAGAUACAGCGGGGCACACGGGGGGCAGAUGGACCCCUCCCUGCGCCCCCUACCGGCUAUGUGCACGUGGGUGACGAUAUAUCUGUGGUCAUGUACGUCAAAGGUAAACAGACAGACGCGAACGUUAUAUCUUGCAACGGCACUACAGCGGGGCGAAGCGCGUCUGUGGCCCUCGUGGACAGUCAAGGGUGUGUGUUGAGGCCAGACCUUCUCACACCCUUCGCCAAGACACGCAAGGUCAACGGUGUGGAGGCUGACCUUAUGUUGUACUCGUAUUUAAAGGCCUUCAACAUCGCCGAGAGUCCAGAGUUUAUCAUAUCGUGCGCUCUUGAAGUCUGCGAGAACUCAUGCCCUGAACCGUGCGCUGGAGGGGCCCCUAAGUCACGGAGGAGGAGGAGGAGGAGGGGGGUGGAGGUGGAGGAAGAGUUAGAGGAGGAGGUAGAGGAGGUAGGGUCUUCCUCCUCCUCCUCCUCUUCCUCUUCUUCCUACACUGUCAAGAAGAUUGUGUUGGAGAAAGGAGUAAUGGUUCUGGAUAAAGAGGAAGGCCGUGUACAGUGCUUGGUGGAGACGGGCAGUGUGGUGGUGUGUGUGGCGGUGUUGGUGGCCGUGGUGUGUUGCCUGGCUGUGGUGUGCGCGGUGCUGGCCUGCAGACUGUGCUCUCGGAAGUAUAUCAAGAAACUGGAUCGUUGAUGUUUUGGUGUUUUAUGGUGUUUUAUGGUGUUUUUUUGGUGUUUUUUGGGGUGUUUUUGAGUGGUGGUGCCUCGAGAAUAUGAAAAAACAGGAUCAUUAAUAAAAUCAGUAGUUUUUUUGUGUGUGUGUUUUGGGGAUGAUUUGCAGUGUUUUUGGUGUUUUUGGGUGUUUUGGAGUGGUGUUGCCUCGAGAAUAUGAAAAAAGCACCAUUAAUAAAUCCAGUAAUGUUUUUUGGUGUUUUGGGGUAUUUUGGAGUGAUGUUGCCUCGAGAAUAUGAAAAAAAACACCAUUAUUAUUUGGUUACGUUUGGUAGUGUUUGGUUACGUUUGGUGGUAUUUGGUUACG